AUGAAAGUCAAAAGUGAAGAGAAAUUUCUCUCGGAUACAUCAUCAUCAUCAGCGGAAUUACUUUCAUCAUCUGAUGAAAAACUUUUAACUCGAUCUGAAUAUAUUUUUCGACAAGAACAAAAUAAUUCUCAACAACGUAAAGCAUCUAGUCUUAAAAGUAUUUUUAUGACAUCACCUCAAUUAUCAACAAAAAUUCUUUAUCCAAUUGAUUUUGACACAAAUAAUAUAAAUACAUCUUGGCUUCAAAAACGAUCAUCUGUUCCAUAUAAAGUACCAACCUUUGAUUCCGGCAUUGUUAUUGAUACGAAUCCAACAUCAAAAUCAAGUAUUAAUGAAGACCCUAGUCAUGGUACAAUCAAUAUGAAUCAAUUAAAACAUUAUGAAACAUAUUAUCAUAAAAUUUUAACUGAUAUGACUUAUAUUAAAAAGAAUAUUGUCGAUAUUGAAAGUCGCCUUAAUGAAGUUAUGCGAGAGCUCCAAAUUGAACAAGCAUUGAUUGAAGGUGAACAUGAAUUAGUAUUUAAACAAAUCUUAGAUGCAAGUGAAAGUGAUCAACAAAAAAUACGACAAUUACAUAAAAAAUUUACAAUUAUUAGUUGA